AUAGAAAACGAACUGGACCUCCCAUGUCUUCAAUACCUAGUAAAAAGCCUAAACAUGCAGGCUCUAGUCAUAGUUCAUUUGCUUGGGAACAGAUGUGUAUUGAAGUUGAUUCCAUUGACUUGAUUGAAUCAUUAAGUUAUUCUAUUCAAAAUCAAGAAAAUCUAAAAGCUAUCGGAUUACUUUUUGGAGCUUUUAAAACCAUGCAUACACAGCGAUUAAAACCAGAUUUAUUUUGGAGUUUAUUAAUUGCUGCUCGCCAAUUUCCUACAUUGUUUCAUAAUGAAGAAAUUAUAAAUGCUUUGUGCUCCAUUCUUACAUGUCAUUCAGUUGCUUCAACCAAACAGCGACAAUAUAACAUAAUAGCUGCAGUUACUUCUGUUAAUUUAUUAGUAUUAUCACACGAUAAAUUAUCAAUUUGGCCAGAAGCAUUUGUCAAGGUUUUUGUAGAAGACUCGAUGGGUGAACGUUUGUGGGUAGAUAAUGAAGAAUGCCGAUAUUUUGUUGAAAACAUAAGAGUUAGCCUCAAUACACGUCCUUCGCCUUUUAUUCCUUUGGAUUUUUUGGAUACAAUGAGUUCAACAGAAACAGCAAUAUUUUCACCAGAAACUUAUGAAGUUUCUGUUGUGCCAAGAUAUGGAGCAAAUCAAUCAGUAAUUGAAAAUAUUAUUUUAGACGUUGCCAAAGAAUAUUUAAUUAGAAGACAAUCAACUGAGGGAAUAUCCAGAAAUUUAUUAAAAUUAUUAUCAGUUGCUGCUGGAAUUUUAGAGAUUCGAGUUAUGGUUGCUGGUAAAUUGGAAGUUUGGUUACAAAAUGCCAAACUCGUCCGGCCAGCCCAAGAAUUACUUUUAGCUGUCUGUGUUAACUGUACUUCACGUACUCAAAGAGACUUUGAUGUUAUUUCAACUAUUGUUAAAAUGAGAUUAAAAACAAAAGCAAUGGGUAACUUUUACGUAUCAUGUAUCAAAGAGCUAAUUUCAAUAAAUUCAUCUAAUUUGCCAGUUGUAUUAAAAAAUGUAGUUUAUAAUGAAUUGUCUACCUCACGAAAUACAAGUAAUAUGGCAAUUUUUCAAGUUAUUUUCAAAGCUGAACCAGAUCAGAGUGCACUACUUUUAGCUGACAUUUUUCAAGAAUUAUUGAUAUUACGAGAUGAUUAUUUAAGGCCAUUACGUGGACUUCUUAGAGAAAUAUCGCGCCAAGUUCGGUCUGAUUUCAACUUUUUGACUUUUUGUCAAGGUCUUAUAGGUGCCAAAGAGCCAUUAAAUCAAACCCCUGAGGUUAAGGAUAGAGUUUUUGCUGGAAUUAUAGAUCUUUUAACAUUGUGCAUAUUUCUAACUGUGUACCCAUAUAUGCGUUCAGAACGAAAAGAUGUUGUACAGUUUGAAAAAAUGCAACAAGUUAUAUCAAAAAUUCAAAAAGAUGGCGUCGUGUGGCUCCAAGAAAGUGUAUUAAGAACUUAUCGGCCUUCUCCUACUGAUUUUGUUCAUGCAUUACACAAAAUAUUGUUAAUGGAGCCAUCUGAACAGUAUUAUAAAUUAGAAAGUUGGCCUCCUGAACAAGAUAGAACAACAAUGUUUAGAAUCGCUACUGAAGUACCAUUGCUACAAGGUACAGUUAUAACAAUACUUAUGAUUGGAUUAUCAAAAGAACAUCCUUUGAACUCACCAGACGCCUUGGAGUUGGUAGAUCAAUUAGUAAAACGUGCUGCUUCACUACAAGUGUUUCAGAAUUUUAAUACCAUUAGAGCUGACAAAUGUGAAUUAUUUGAAAUAUUAUUGAAUUCAUGUGCAUAUCAUCAUCCUGAUAAAAUUGAGUUACCAUUAGGAUAUACACCUCCACAAUUAGCCAUAUCAAAUUUGUAUUGGAAAACAUGGUUAAUAAUGUUGAUAUAUUGCGCUCACAUACCAUUAGUUUUUGGAACUCUAGCCUGCCGAAAAUAUCCAAUGUUAAGAAUAUUUAUUGAGAUGUGUAUUACAAAUAAUUUUUCAUUCCCCACAUUCCUGGAAGAUCUUCAGUUGCAAUCAGUUGAAAAACAAAAAAUACUUGAAUUUGAAUCUUAUUUGGCUGCAGCUUCUACAAAAGUCACAAUAACUGAACAGACGAGUUUACUGUUAAGUCAACUUAUGGGUAUGGAUCCUAUUGGUCCACCUAGGCGUCCACCAUCGUCUGUAUUAGAACAACUAAGAGUUAUGAAUACAAACCUACGUAUUGGCCACUUGUUGUGCCGUUCAAGAGACCCUGAUUUUCUUUUAGACAUCAUUCAACGCCAGGGAACUUCACAGUCUAUGCCUUGGCUGGCUGAUUUAGUAAAUUCAUCUGAAGGAUCAUUAAA